AUGCAUCAAAUGGUACACGCCCAUUUUGACACCUUCGACGACUAUAUAAGACUGGUUCAUUACAGAUCACCUGGUGCUUGCACCAAUCGCCCAAAACGGCCAUUCAUUACCAGACUCCGAACACCUUCUGGUCAUGACAGCCUUUUUGGGAGAUCACCUGGUGCUUGCACCAAUCGCCCAAAACGGCCAUUCAUUACCAGACUCCGAACACCUUCUGGUCAUGACAGCCUUUUUGGGAGAUCACCUGGUGCUUGCACCAAUCGCCCAAAACGGCCAUUCAUUACCAGACUCCGAACACCUUCUGGUCACGACAGCCUUUUUGGGAGAUCACGUGGUGCUUAA